AUGGCGCGUCAUUGGAGAGGGACGAUGAUGGCGGCGGUCGGUGCACCAGAAGUGAUCACACAGCUGGAAAGCGCUGCCAAAGUUUUAAUGGCACCGCCGUCCAUGGUCAGCACAGAACAGAGGCAGCAUGCCGAGCACAUAUUCCUCUCCUUCAGGAAAUCCAAAUCCCCCUUUGCCAUCUGCAAGCACAUCUUAGAGACCAGUAAGGUGGACUAUGUGCUGUUCCAGGCAGCCACAGCCAUCAUGGAGGCGGUAGUGCGGGAGUGGAUCCUGCUGGAAAAGACCAGCAUCGAGUCGCUUCGGGCAUUCCUCCUUACAUAUGUCUUACAGAGACCCAAUCUCCAGAAGUAUGUCCGUGAGCAGAUCCUCUUGGCUGUGGCGGUCAUCGUGAAGAGGGGAUCUCUAGACAAGAGCAUCAACUGUAAAAGCAUCUUUCACGAGGUCGGACAGCUCAUUGGCAGUGGGAACCCCACAGUGCAAACACUGGCCUGCUCCAUCCUGACUGCUCUGCUCAGUGAGUUCUCCAGCUCCAGUAAGACCAGCAGCAUCGGCCUCAGCAUGGAGUUCCACGGCAGCUGCAAGCGUCUGUUCCAGGAGGAGGGCCUGCGUCAGAUCUUUAUGUUGACCAUGGAGGUGCUGCAGGAGUUCAGCCGAAGAGAAAACCUAAACGCCCAGAUGUCCUCUGUCUUCCAGCGCUACCUGGCUCUGGCCAACCAGGUCCUCAGCUGGAACUUCCUGCCCCCCAAUCUGGGGCGCCACUACAUCGCCAUGUUCGAGGCCACACAGAACGUCAUGCUCAAGCCUACGGAGUCCUGGAGGGAAGCACUGCUGGACACCCGCGUCAUGGACCUCUUCUUCACCGUACACAGAAAGAUUCGGGAGGACUCGGACAUGGCCCAGGACUCGCUGCAGUGUCUGGCCCAGCUGGCCUCCAUGCACGGGCCCAUCUUCCCCGAUGAGAGUGCCCAGGUCUCCUACCUGGCUCACCUUGUGGAGGGUCUUCUCAGCAUGAUCAACGGGAUUGAGAUCGAGGACUCGGAGGCCGUUGGCAUCUCCAAUAUCAUCUCUAAUCUGAUCACCAUGUUCCCUCGAAGCACUUUGACGGCUCUGCCCAGCGACCUCUUCACCUCCUUCAUCAACUGCCUCACACUGCUCACCUGCUCGUUUGGACGCAGUGCCGCCCUAGAGGAGGUGCUGGAUAAGGACGACAUGGUUUACAUGGAGGCCUACGACAAGCUGCUUGAGUCAUGGCUGACCCUCGUACAGGACGAGGAGCAUUUUCCUCGCGGCUGCUUCGUCCAGCCGGCAAUCCAGGUCUUCAACUCAUACAUCCAGUGUCACUUAGCUGCUCCUGAUGGCACCCGGAACCUGUCAGUGAAUGGCAUAUCGUCUCAUGAUGAGGAGGAGAUCAACGAGCUGCAGGAAGACGACAGAGAGCUGUUCUCUGACCAGCUGUCCAGCAUUGGCAUGCUGGGACGUGUGGCCGCUGACCACUGUAUCCCCCUGCUCACGAGCCUGCUGGAGGACCGGGUGACACGGCUGCACGGUCAGCUCCAGAGGACCCAGCAGCACCUCAUGGCCUCAUCUGACCCCGGAUCAGUGGACCGCAAAGUCCUGGACGACCUCUAUGAGGACAUCCAUUGGCUCAUACUGGUCUCAGGGUAUUUACUAGCAGACGACCCUCAGGGUGAAACCCCACUGAUCCCCUCAGAGGUGAUGGAGUUUUCCAUCAAACACUCGACGGAGGUGGACAUAAACACAACGCUGCAGAUCCUAGGGUCUCCUGGGGAGAAGGCAUCGUCCAUACCGGGCUGCAACCGUACAGACUCCGUCAUCAGGUUGCUGUCAGCGGUGCUGCGGACGUCAGAGGUCGAGUCCCGGGCAACAAGAGCAAGCCUGACAGAGCUGCUGAGCCCACAGAUGGGAAAGGACAUUGUGUGGUUCCUUAGACGCUGGGCCAAGACGUACCUGCUGGUGGAUGAGAAGCUCUAUGAGCAGAUCAGCAUCCCCAUGAGCACAGCGUUUGGUGCGGACACGGAGGGGGCCCAGUGGAUUGUGGGAUAUCUUCUAGAGAAAGUGAUCAACAACCUGUCUGUGUGGAGCUCAGAGGCUGAGCUGGCGAACGACACUGUGGAGCUGCUGGUGACGUUGGUAGAAAAGAGGGAGAGGGCUAACAUCGUGGUACAGUGUGAGAGCUGGUGGAACCUGGCGAAGCAGUUUGCCAGCCGCAGCCCGCCCCUCCACCUGCUGUCCAGCUCCGUGCAGAGGUCUCUGAUGAAAGCUCUGGUCCUGGGAGGCUUCGCACACAUGGACUCUGACACCAAACAGCAAUACUGGGCUGAGGUGCUUCACCCUCUCCAGCAGCGUUUCCUCAACCUCAUCAACCAGGAGAACUUUGCCCAGAUCAGCCAGGAGGAAGCUGUCAAACAGGAAAUCGUGGCCACGUUAGAGGCGCUGUGCGGCAUCGCAGAGGCGACGCAGAUCGACAACGUGGCCUCACUCUUCUCUUUUCUCAUGGACUUCCUGUCCAGCUGCAUCGGCCUCAUGGAGGUCUACAGCAACACGCCUGAGACGAUUAACCUCAUCAUUGAGGUUUUUGUGGAAGUGGCUCAUAAGCAGAUCUGUUACUUGGGAGACACUAAGUCCAUGAAGCUGUAUGAAGCGUGCCUGACGCUGCUGCAGGUCUACUCCAAAAACAACCAGAGCAGGAAGCGAAACGAUGCCACAGCUGAGGAGGACCAGUACCAGGACCUGCUGCUCAUCAUGGAGCUGCUCACAAACCUGCUCUCCAAAGAGUUCAUCGACUUCAGCGACACCGACGAGGUGUUCAGAAACCAAGACCAGGGAACACCGGCAUCCAAUCGGACAGUGUCUGCAGCAGAUGUGGUUCUCUAUGGUGUCAACAUUGUUCUUCCACUCAUGUCUCAGGACUUGCUCAAGUUCCCCUCUCUGUGCAACCAGUACUACAAACUCAUCACCUUCAUCUGUGAGAUCUUUCCAGAAAAGAUCCCACAGCUGCCUGAAGACCUCUUCAAAAGCCUCAUGUUCUCCCUGGAGCUGGGAAUGACCUCGAUGAGUUCAGAGAUCAGCCAACUGUGUUUGGAGGCUUUGUCUCCUUUGGCUGAGCAGUGUGCGAAAAACCAGGAGAAGGACACGCCACUCUUCAUCGCCACCCGUCACUUCCUUAAGUUGGUGUUUGACAUGCUGGUCCUGCAAAAACACAACACAGAGAUGACAGUGGCAGCAGGAGAGGCGCUCUAUACACUUGUGUGCCUGCACCAGGCGGAGUACUCUGAGCUGGUGGAGUCUCUGCUCUCCUCACAGAGAGACGCCGUCAUUUACCAGCGGCUCGCAGAUGCCUUCAACAAGUUGACGGCCAGCAGCACGCCGCCCACCAUGGACCGCAAGCAGAAGGUUGCCUUCCUCAAGAGCCUGGAGGAGUUUGUGGCCAAUGUGGGCGGCCUGCUCUGCAUGAAAUAACCACUGGAAACCGACUCCGCCUCGAUUCAUGGUUUUGAAAAGCAACCCCCUGCUUCAUCCCUAAGAACUAUGGGCAGAAGAGACAGCUGGAAGCCUCUGAUGAACUCUCUGUCUCUCCACCUGCUGGGGAAUCCAACUCAUGCCUGAAUGUUUACCCUGUUUUCACCU